AGGCAAUUCCAAGGAUACGCUGCGUAUUACAGUGACUAAGCACAAAAAUUGAGGGUGCGUUAAAUAUUAUAAGCGUUUUCUAGAGGCAGCAGCUGUACUCUGUUUUUACAUUGAAUUCUUAAUAACUUUAUGGGAGCAACCCAAUCGUACUCGGAAGAAAAGAUGGCAGACGUUAAGAAAAUGAUUGAUGCGAAAAUUAAUAGCAAAAAAGUUGUGGUAUAUUCUAAAACAUAUUGCCCCUUUUGCAAAAAAGCUAAAGAUGUUCUUAAGCAAUAUAAUAUCCCGGAAGAUAUUGAGAUUAUAGAGAUAGAAGAUAAUCCAGACUGCAGCGCUAUCCAAGAUUAUCUUUGCCAAAUAACCGGGGCAAGAUCGGUGCCAAGAGUGUUCAUAAAUGGAAAAUGUAUUGGGGGUGGAGACGAAACUGUUGCGUUGCAGAAGUCUGGGAAACUGAAGGGCAUGCUUGGGCUUUAAUAGUUGAAUAUCCUGAGAGAAGUCGUGUUAUGGUGGAGUUUCUGGUUGAAAUGCCCAAAACCUAUGCCAAGCCAACAAGAAGACUUCUUAAUAUGUCAUUUUGGGAUUUUCUGUGUGGUCUUCAUUGACUUAAGUGUCUGUUUUUUAAUAUACUACACACUUUGUUACAUCAUAGUAUUAUAAAACAGUUAUAUUUGCCUUGUAUCUUAUGAUCAGAAAUAAUAAGUAUUAUAGUACUUGAUCUCAUUCCAACAUAAAUUUUGCAUUACUAGUACUUAGGUUUCAUAGUCACAUUUUAGUUUCUCUUUGAAUGACAGUGGAAGAUCAGGGAGUAAAAUUUUUUAUUUUCCACCAUGCAUUCAUGAGUCCUGUGAUACUAAAUUAUGUAUGAAUAUAAUAAAUCUACUUGUACCCCUACUUGCCCAGAUAUGUUAUCAGAUGUUAUUGUAUAAUAGUGUUGCUGUGAUACUGUCUAGUCACAUGUCAGUAUUAGUAAUACUUUUGUCAUUAAAAAUUCAGUGACUAAUUUGGACCAAAAUGAAAAUGAAAAGCAAUAGUCUGAUCAGGCACAAUAUUUUUUCCUCUUUUGUAUUUGUAUUUAGUAGCUGUUCACUGUUUUAGACAUACAUCGAGCAGAGUCAAGGGCAAGUUGCAACUUGAUACAACAUAUUUGGUUUAUAUGUCUGCUCUGCAUAUAAUAAAUAAGAUUCUUACACCAUAAAAAUUCCUUGUUCCUUAAUGAAAAGAUGUAAGAAAAUUUGCCAAGAAGUUCAAUGCUUUCUUUUGUUUCUGCAAGAUAUUUUUAAAUUUAAAACAUUAAAAUUGUUUGAUAUAAUAACAUUUAUAUGUUGUUAAUACUUAAAGUAUAUUCUCAAAUUGUUUUAACUUAAAUCUGUUUCAAGCAGUUUUGCAUGUCAUUUAAUUAAUGAUAUUUUAACAAAUUGAUUUAAAUCAUGAAGGGCACAUAAUUGUACUUGAGCAUUAUAUCUGGUGCCUCUGUCAGUUACAUGUGUAAUUUAUUCCCAAUUUACUCAACAGAGCCAAUAAACUUUUUCUUUGAGGAA